GAAGUGUGCACGAAACUGCAACCAUGGCAAAUUGGCAAUUAGGCAUGCAGGAAUCGCACCUAUAAAUAUCCAGUCCCCGUAGCCAUUCAGAACGCACACCAAAGACACGUACUUGUAUACUACACAGCUCUUGCACUUAGAUAUCGAUCAUGGCCUCACAUCUCAUGAGCCACGCAGCAACCGUGCUGGUUUCGGUACUGCUGCUGUGCUCGGCACAUCAAUCCGUGGGAGCCAGAAGGCUCAUGGAGCUGUACAAGCCACAGCCCAGCGAUCUCCUCACGUACCACAACGGCACCGUGCUGCAGGGCGACAUCCCCGUGUCGGUCAUCUGGUACGGCCGCUUCACGCCGGCGCAGAAGGCCGUCGUCUCCGACUUCCUCCUGUCGCUCACCGUCGCCUCGCCAGCGCCGACCCCGUCCGUGUCGCAGUGGUGGAACACCAUCAACCAGCUCUACCUGUCCAAGGCGGCGAAGGGCAAGAACGGCGGCGGUGCCAAGACCACCACGCAGGUGAGGCUCGCCGGCCAACUGUCCGACGACCGGUGCUCGCUCGGGAAAAGCCUCACGCUGUCCAAGCUGCCGGCGCUGGCGGCGAGGGCCAAGCCCAGGAAGGGCGGGAUCGCGGUGCUGCUCACCGCGGAGGACGUGGCCGUGGAAGGGUUCUGCAUGAGCCGCUGCGGCACGCACGCCUCAAACGCCAAGGCGCGCACGGCGUACGUCUGGGUCGGCAACUCCGCCACGCGGUGCCCCGGCCAGUGCGCGUGGCCGUUCCACCAGCCGGUCUACGGGCCUCAGACGCCGGCGCUGGGGCCGCCCAGCGGCGACGUCGGGAUGGACGGCAUGGUGAUGAACAUCGCCAGUAUGGUCGCCGGCGUCGUGACCAACCCGUUCGGUGACGGGUUCUACCAGGGUCCCAAGGAGGCGCCGCUGGAGGCCGCGACGGCGUGCCCGGGGGUCUACGGCAGCGGCGCCUACCCCGGCUACGCCGGGAACCUGGCGGUGGACCCCGCGACGGGGGCGAGCUACAACGCCAAUGGAGCCCACGGGAGGAAAUACCUGCUUCCGGCUCUGUUCGAUCCUGCCACGUCAACCUGUUCAACUUUGGUGUGAUGCCGGAGGAAAUAUGGUAAACCGGUGUAUAUACGGCGUACGAGCAAAUUUUAUUCCUGUUAAAAAAACUGUAAUGCUUAUGAUUUUUAUGAAGAUUCAUAACAGUUCUAUAAAAAGAUUAGCAGCAAAUGAAAAGUUAUAUCUCACGAGUACGAAUUCACACCGUCACUUGUGUUCGUUUGUGCAAACAGUGAAGUUUAGCUAAGUUCAUGAGCGCGUGCGUAUAUAUGUUGUCAGCGAAUUUUGUAGCCCCGCCAA